AAAUGUUAAAUUUUAUAUUUUAAGAAAAAUUAAACUGUGUGUGGAUACAUAUAUAGAUACAUACAUGUCAAGUGAAUAACUAGAGAUAGAUACAGAUAAGUACUGAUAACUAAUUUAUUGAACAAAAAUUUCAUAAAGCAGUCGGAUUCGUAUCGUUAAAUAUCUUACAAAUUUUUUAUUUUCCAAUUAUAUUUUUUAUAUGCUGUUUCGGAAUUGACAUCGUGAGUACGAUAUUUGAGCAAACAUGUGCUUAUCGCAGAUAAACUAAAUUUUAACUGCGAUAUAUUCUUAAUACAUACAAUAAAUCAGCGACACUCAAACGAAAGAGAAGCGUUGAUAUAAUUGCUUACAAUUAGGCGCAUGAUCGAUAUAGAGAUAUAUCUGGUGAAAAUAAAUAUAUACACACACACACACAUAUACAAGUAUAUAUAUAGCAUAGAAAAGAAUUUACUUUUUUUGCAUAUUUAUUGAUGUAAUAAUUAAUUAAUUAUAAUUACAUACAUAUGUAAUUAAUUUAUAUACUAAUCAAGCAUGACUUCUUCUGCCCUGGUAGAAGAGAGAUUACGCGGAAUGAUUCGCAUGGGCUAUAUGCAUGUAAUCAAUAAUUAUGCAUGCAUAGACACGCACUUUCUCUAGAUUAGAUUCUUUAUUAUUUCAGGUAUUAUGUACUGACACGAACACAUUUUUUUCCUUGUUACCGAUAAUUUAUUUUACAGCUUCCAGCUUGUUGGACACUUUUCUCGUCGAUCGAUUGCACGAGCGCCAGUUGCACGCUUUGCUUUAAUUUCUCGAUUGAUUAACUAACAAACUUGCUUUAUAUCUAAUCUCACUUUUCUCUCGUUUAUCAAUGGUUGUAUAUUAUAAUUGCUCACGCCGACGAGUGUCGCAAGUACUUUCCUGCACCUAUACACGCAUGCACGUCUGCGUAAACACGUUAUUUACAUUAUCUCGAUGGUGAGUAAUUACUGAUUUUCUCUUUAUUAUAAUCACUUGCUUUAUAUUUUUCAAAACUUGGUCUUGAGAUAAUAUAAUACAAAUUGUGUGCAUGAGGUUUUUUCACACGCAUGUAACGCGUACUUACAUACUUUAUCGAUACGAGUAUCGAGUGCCAAAAUGUGUAUGAUUUGUCACCGAUCGUUACGAAAGAUAUAAAGAUAUGAUAAUUCUCUCUAUCUUUUUCGGGCUCAUUGUUGUUUUGUAUUUAUAUCGAAAGGAUCUCGCGCGCAUAACAUUUAGUAUCGAGCCGUUGUAUCGAAACCUUGACAUGGAGCGGACGUUUGUUGUCAUCAAUUUGUAAUUUAAUCGUUUUCUCGUCGCGUACAUUAUAAUUCAAUACAUUAUUAAGAAAAAGGUUAUAGUUUAAUACGUGAUAAAUUAUCACGUGUUCUCUCCGGAGUGAUUUGACACGACGAGCGACUCGAGCGACUCGAAGGUGCGUGCAUGCUGAAUUCAGUGCGGUCGACGUUUCGCGAAUCGUCAAGGAUCGUUCCGAGGAUCCUUAUGGUAACCGGAGGACAAGGUGUUUAUCAUCCGAGCGAGUUCCAAGGGCUGAAGGGCUGGCGGCGUCGUUGGAUCCAUUUAGCCAUUACUUACAAUUAGAGCGACAAUGGCCAGCAGGAACGAAACUGACCUGCGAGAGAUUCGAGUAGAACGCGACGACGACUACAAUAGAAACAACAACAAUCACGAUAACAAUUACGGCGGUUGCUCCGCGAGUGCCGCUAGAAAGGAAGACGUGUGCGCAAAGAGGAACCAACGGAGCAACCACCGGAAUCAGCCGGGCAGAGCCCCGUUGGUCGGCUGGCGAAAUGGAAGUCCCACGAUUUGUCCCACGAAUUCCGUCCACAAUAACGUCAACUUGGUGGAUAGACGCGAGGCCAGUCUAGAUUCGACGGAGAAGUCGAACGAUGCGAUCGAGUCGACGGAGCGGAGCGAUACACCGAGGAAGAUUGAAGAAACGCUCGAUCGCGAGAAAUAUGUCGAGCCGGAUGGCGGUACAACGACGAAUCGACGAGUAAGGGACUCUAUCGAUUCCGAAAGUAUUAUCCUGGAACGCGAGGAUUCCUUAGGCUCUAUCGAAAAAGAGAUAAAAAGUCGUAAGAAGCCUAAAGUACCCGACGGCGGUUGGGGCUGGGUGGUUGUUCUGGCCUCCCUGGUAAUCUCCAUGAUAGCCGACGGUGUCUCCUUUAGCUUUGGUCUGCUUUACAUCGAGUUUCUUCACGAAUUCGGCGCAUCCAAGUCCAAGACCGCUUGGAUCGGCUCGCUCUUCAUGGCCGUGCCGCUUCUAUCCGGUCCGAUCAUGUCCGCCCUCGUGGACCGUUACGGAUGCAGGAACAUGACCAUCAUCGGCGGCCUGGUAUCGGGGUUGGGCUUCAUACUGAGUAUCUUCAGUAACACUAUUGAGGUAAUGUACUUGACGUUUGGCGUGAUCGCGGGUCUCGGUCUGGGUUUGUGCUACGUCACCGCGGUUGUGAGCAUCGCCUUUUGGUUCGACAAGAAACGAACCCUAGCUGUAGGUCUCGGCGCGUGCGGCACCGGCAUCGGUACGUUCGUCUAUGCCCCGAUGACGACCUAUUUCAUCGCCGAGUACGGCUGGCGAGGCGCUUGUCUGCUCCUGGCCGGCACGUUCUUCAACAUGAUCGUCGCGGGGACCGUUAUGAGGAAUCCGGAAUGGUGGAUUCUGGAACAACAGAAGCAGGAUCAAGCCGUGCCGAGGAAAUCGAACGUUCGGUCGGAUGGUACGGUAAAGUCGAACGGGAGUCCCUUGGACGAGUUCCCGGGUAUCGAGGAGCUCCGACGACUGCUCAGAAGCGACCAGGCGCCCGAAUAUUUCUUACAGAAUCUAAGUACGAGCACCGAAACAGCCGACGGCGCCAAAAGACAUACGACGAGCGUGGUUAAUCUGCCGACUUUUGUAAAGAGGAGCGAAAAGGUGCCUUUGGAAGUAUUGGAGUCAUUACUGUGCAACUCUAGGCUCUAUACUGUUAUCCUGGAAAAUUAUCCUAGUCUUCUGUUGUGUAGAAGUUUGUCCGAUAAGCAGCUGCAGGAUUCAACGGGGGAGAUUUAUAAUAAAAGCGGAAUUACUAUGUCAAUGAGGCUGAAACGAGCAACGGAAUCGAAAACGAUCGCUGAACAAAGGAACAAAGAUUCUUGUCCGGUAUCCACUCACGCACCGACGAAACUUGUUUGCGCCAGAAAAAUAUCCAAGAAGGAAAUAGAGGAGACUAAUCCCUUGCUGACGAAAGAAGUCACGAUCGCUCCGACGGAAAGAAGGAGAUCCGUGUCUAAACGUUACGUUGACGUUGAGCCCCAAGCCAACGUCAUCAGGACCGACUCGAUACCUUGGCUCAGACGACAAUUCAGUACCAACACCCAUUACUUCAAGGAUAUCAGAGUGCAUAGAAAUUCCGUCAUGUAUCGCGGCGCUGCCCUAAAUCUGCACAAGUACAGACUAAGAGCGAGCAGUUGUCCUGACAUCUAUAGAAACAGUAUGAUCACAUUGGCUAAAGAAAACGAACAGAAGUGGUAUGCCGAGCUGAUGGACCUGUUAAAGAGCAUGUUGGAUUUUUCAAUGUUUCUCGAAUUGCAUUUCCUGCUGAUGUCAAUGUCGACGAUAUUGCUAUUCACAUGGUUCAUCGUACCGUACUUCUACCUCGCGGAACAUCUGACUAGGAACGGUUACGACGAAUCCGAUGCCGCUAAUCUCCUCAGCAUUAUCGGCAUAACCAAUACCAUCGGAAUGAUCGUUCUAGGCUGGGCUGGCGAUCAACCCUGGAUGAAUGUCAGUAAAACGUACACCUGGUGUCUGAUAGCGUGCGGAGUGGCCACGAUAUUGAUGUCCGUCUUUACCCAUCAUUAUCCGUUUCUAAUGAUCACUUCGGCAGCUUUUGGUUUGUUUUUCGCGAGUAAUUUCAGCUUCACUCCUGUUAUAUUGGUCGAGCUGAUUCCUCUGGAAAGAUUCACUACCGCUUACGGUCUCAGCUUGUUAUGCCAAGGAAUCGGAAAUCUUCUCGGACCUCCGUUGGCUGGAUGGCUAUUCGACGUGACAAACGCCUGGGACCUUUCUUUCCUCAUGGCUGGUGGUUGGAUUAUUGUCUCCGGAAUCUUUGUAGGUAUUAUACCGUAUACGAAGAAUCGAAAGAUUUUCGGCAGUGGACCGAUCGAGAUGGAACGAACAAAUGGAAAUGAUUGUUUGGCAUAGAGCGAAUUAUAUUCAUUGUUUUUACACAUGCGCGCACAGUUAUUAAAAGACGGAGGGGCGAAUAUUUAUGAAUUGCUCGGAAAAAAUGUUAAUUUAAAGUACGAAUCUCACUACGCUUACAUCAGAUAUGCAGUAUAAAACGAUAAAACGUUGAUCACAUAGCGAAUAUUUUUGAAUUUCCUAUUUAUUAACAAGAAGGUAUUUUCGCGUAUAUAACGUAUUUCUUAUAACAUUUUUCCUGUACUUAAAUUAUUCGUGUUGUGCGAAUAAUUUUAUUUAUAUAAUGAAACACACAAAUCGGGGGAGGUUAAGAAAUAUAUCAUGUACUUCAUAUACGUACAAAGCUUUUUCUACUUAAAAUACGUUUUACUUUACAUAGACAAUUUGUGUAGACAGACUUAAUUGAAUAGAUUGAAUGGACACGAUACGAAUAAAUAUUCACUUGUUUGUAACGUACUUAAUCUUAUUACAAGACAAUGGUAUUAAGAAGACAAAAGAUAUAUUUUAUAUAUAUUUUAUGUGUUUAUGUAAAACUCGCAUAUAGAUGAAUUUAUUUUUAUUAGAAACUUGUAAACGCUUAAAACGCUUAAAUACAUUUACAUGCUUUAAUAAUGUAAAAAAGCGACGUGUUAACAAUUUAUAAUGAAAUUUGUUUCCUAGAUAAUUAAGUUUAAUAAUGUUUCUAUCAUAACUUUAUAUAUAUAUCGUAUGCAUAUAAUAUCAUUGUUACGAUAUUAUAAGAUAUUGUCAAGAGUUUUUUGUAAAACUUUUGUUACUUCAAAGAUAUCCAAAGAUUAGAUAAGUAGUUAAACAAUGAUAUUUAUAUUAAUGUUUACUAUAUAUUUAGGAAAAGUGUGCGAAGAUUUACGAAAAAAAUGCGCAAUUUCGUAAAAAGAAUUCUGCCAUAAAUUGUUGAAUUAACUAAUUUAAAUUAUUUUAAUUGUCCGCUUUACAUCGUUGCGUAUAUAUUUAGGAAUUAUUCAGGAGUAAUAUAGCGAUAUGACAUUAAAUAUCUACUAUGAUAAGACAAAGAGAUAUAUAACCAUGUUUCAUCUUCCAUCUAAAUGAACGUCUAAUUUUAAAUUUCAAUAUUAUUCAGGUACUCGACCAAAGAAAAAUUAGAAAAUAAUUUUUGCGGAAUAGAGAGAUUCUUAUAUGAAUAGGAUAUAUCUAUAAAAUUAUUAUUUAUAAAGCGAUAUAACGCUGUCAGAAUCUUGUUUGUCGAAUAUAUAUGUCUACAUGUAUUCUUUCCGAUAAAUAUGAACAGAUUAAAUAUUUA